CACUCACAUUUUUAGCUUUUAGAUUUUUAUGUCAAACAUGGCACUGCCCAGGAGAGCUCCAGACAUUUCUCAAGGCUGAAACUACCUGUUUGCAGUGACAUUUGUUAACCUUCAUCCUUACUUCACACUGUGUUUACUAGUAAGGACAUUUAUAAUCCUAUUUUCUACUAGCUUGUCCUGCAAAGAGAGGAAUUAUGAACAGAGUUAUGCUGAGAAUGUGUGUGCAGAUAAUAGACUAAUUCAAACCUUCAGCUGUUUUCAAAAUCAUACUAUCGCCCAAAUUAAAGCAUAAACAAACAUUUGUGACUGACGUAGCUGCUUCAAAUAGGAGGAUGCCUUGGUCAGUGUUACUCAUUUUGGAACAGACCGAGAGAAAGCAGAAUCAAAAUGAAGAAGUUUCUUGUGUUUGUCUCCUUUUUGGUCCUGAUGACCACUGUUACAGACACUUCACCAAUUUUGUCUGAAAAAGAGGCCAAACAGCUUCUGAGAACUCGUCGUGAAAGCAGACCGAGAAAACCUGGUUUCCCUGACGAGCCAAUGAGGGAGUAUAUGCUUUAUCUCCAGCGCUUGGAGCAGAGAUCAGAAGAACAAUUCCUUGAACACUGGCUGAAUCCACAUUGUCUCCCCCACUGCAACAGGGAUCUAGUGCAUCCAAUCUAAUGCUUUUGCCCACCCUGCAACUGAUCUCCAUGGGCACAUGGAUUUAUACUAUGAUUGUGUUAAGAAGGACAAGAUUAUUCCUGCAUUGGCUACGUGCUCCUUGUAGAGCUGAACCUCUUUGCAAUACAGUGCAAUCCUAGUGAUACAGCAAAACUUCCAGCUACAAGUGGUUACAUAUGUUACAGACCACCAUAUAUUUUCUACCAGUAAUGAUUGCAUACGUGAAUAAAUGAAUCAAGGGUUUCCCCCAGUUUCUGAGUUAUAGGCAAGAAUAAAUCCCUGAUUAGUCCUUUAAAGGGCACAGCUUUAGACUAUCUGAAGCAAGAGGAACUUAGAGGGAGAGGUCCGUAGAAAAUGGGAGAAUAUCAACAUGAAGAGGCAGCCAGCUUUCUGGGCUUUGGAGGAAUCCUUAAUUACAGUUUUCUAGGUAAAAUAACAAUAUUGCAUGAAGACAUAACAUUUACACAACACUGUGUUUAGUUGCCUGAUGAGUAUUUCAUGUAUUGUUUCAUAAUAAAAGCUUGGCUCAAUUCCAUUUUCAGAUGAUUUUGCUACCUUAGUCUUCCAUACUACUUGCUGACAAAAAUCACUGGAAGUGAGGCUCA